GCAAUAAAGGUGAGCGUGUAAAAAGAGGGCGUGGCCAAAGCGUGAGGAGAUCCAAGUGGAAGCAGAAAGUAGAAGAAUGAGGAAAAGCCACCAUGAGGACGCUGCUGAUUUUCUCUCUCCUUCUUUCCUCCACUCCUCAACUAUAUGGGUCCAACGUGUGCACGUCGCGAGGAGCCACGACAUGUCAGCAGUGUUUGACCGUUCACCCCAGCUGUGCGUGGUGCUCCCAGGAGACAUUUGGCAUGGGAGGAGCCGGUGUGUCUCGCUGUGACCUGAAGCAGAAUCUUCUGGACGGAGGCUGCUCCGAGGCAGAUCUGGAGUCGCCCGGCAGCACUUUGGUGGUCCAGGAGGACAAGCCGCUUAGUGACAAAGCGUCGGGGGAGGCUGACGACGUCACUCAGAUAACGCCGCAGAAGAUUCUCAUGGAGCUCAGGCCAGGUGACUCCAAAAGAUUCACUGUAACCGUGAAGCAAGUGGAGGAUUACCCGGUCGACCUCUACUACCUGAUGGACCUUUCCUAUUCCAUGAUAGACGACUUAGCUCGCCUCCAGACUCUGGGAAACAAGCUCGCAGAAACCAUGGGGAAGAAAACCAGCAACCUACGCAUGGGAUUUGGAGCCUUCGUGGACAAGACCGUGUCCCCCUACAUGUACAUGUCCCCACCGGUAACCAUAGACAACCCCUGCUAUGGGAUUCAUACGGAUUGUCAGGCCCAGUUUGGGUUCAAGCAUGUGCUGUCCCUGACGGAGACGGUGGCCCGCUUCACCGAGGAGGUGGAGAAGCAACAGGUGUCCCGAAAUAGAGACGCUCCGGAGGGUGGAUUUGAUGCUGUCAUCCAGGCGGUGGUGUGCAAGGACAAGAUCGGCUGGCGUUCUGAUGCCUCGCACCUUCUGGUGUUCACCACCGACGCCAAAACCCACAUCGCUUUGGACGGACGCAUCGCCGGCAUCGUGCAGCCCAACGACGGAGAGUGCCACCUUGGCGGUGACAACGUCUACAACAAAACCACUGUGCUGGACUAUCCCUCCUUGGCGCUUCUGACGGAGAAAAUGUCAGAGAACAACAUCAAUCUGAUUUUUGCUGUGACAAACAAUGUGGUGCCGCUCUACAAGGGGUACAGCCAGCUCAUUCCGGGCACAACCGUGGGAAAGCUGUCCGGCGACUCUGGGAAUGUUAUUGAGCUCAUAGAGGAAGCGUACGCCAAAAUCCGCUCUAAAGUGGAGCUGGAGCUGGUCGGAGUGCCCGAUGAGCUCAAUCUGUCCUUCAACGCAACGUGCCUGAACGGCGAGGUCAUCCCUGGUCUCAGGUCUUGCUCCGGCCUUACGAUCGGAGACACGGUGUCUUUCAGCGUGGAGGCUCAGUUGCGUGGCUGCCCGAAGGAGAAGAGCCAGACGUUCACCAUCAAACCUCAAGGCUUUAGGGACUCCCUGGAGGUCAGCGUGGUUUUCGCCUGCGCGUGCGACUGCGAGGCCUACGCCGAGGCCGACAGCCCGUCGUGUAGCGGCGGUAACGGCACCUACGAGUGUGGCGUGUGCCAGUGUCACCAGGGCCGCCUGGGCCCGCGCUGCGAGUGCUCCUUGGAGGACUACAGUCCCUCCGACGACGACAAGUGCGUCCCCAAGCCGGGGAGCCCCAUCUGCAAUGGGCGAGGGGACUGCUUGUGCGGACAGUGCUCGUGCCAUGCCAGCGAGUUUGGACAGGUGUGGGGCAAACACUGCGAGUGCGACGACUUCAACUGCCUCAGAUUCAAAGGAGCCCUCUGCUCAGGUCACGGCAGGUGCAGCUGCGGCUUCUGCCAGUGUGACCCCGGCUGGGUGGGCGAGAAUUGCAACUGCAGCACGCGCAUCGACACGUGCAUGUCCAACAUGGGCCUGGUGUGCAGCGGCCGCGGUAACUGCGAGUGCGGCGUGUGCCAGUGCACGCAGCCCGGAGCCUACGGCGCCACCUGCGAGAAGUGUCCCACCUGCCCCGACUCCUGCACCAUUAAGAAGGCGUGCGUUGAGUGUCAGCACUUCAAGAGAGGCCAGUACGCAGAAGACAAGAGCUGCAAUCGAAUCUGCAGAGACGAAAUACAAGUGGUGACGGAAAUUGAGUUCCACUCGAAGAACGCGGUGAACUGCUCGUACAAAGACGUGAAUGACUGCGUGGAGCACUUCCAAUACUACGAAGACGAAAGUGGCAAAUCCAUCUUGUACGUGAUGAAAGAGCCAGAAUGCCCUCAGGGCGCCAACGUGCCGGUGGUGCUCUCUGCCGUGGCUGGAGCCAUCCUGCUGCUGGGCCUGGUGGCUCUGCUCAUCUGGAAGCUGCUGGUCACCAUCCACGACCGCAGGGAAUACGACAGGUUUGAGAAAGAGCGAGCCAAAGCCAAGUGGAACACGGGCAACAACCCGCUGUACAAAGGAGCGACGUCAACCUUCACCAACGUAGCGUACAAAGGCGCCUCCUCAAGCUGAGUGCCCCUGUUGGACUAGAUGAUGACGUCUUUAUGGCUGUGCCUACAAUGACCAAUGCAUUGUACAGUUAGGAAAAAACAACUGUUUUUAUGUUAAAACCCUUUUUGUGCUGUCUGCUGUACACAUGUCAUUUGUUUACAAUUGUGUUUUUUCUCUAUCGCAGCAUCACUCAUGUUGGUUUUUUGUGUGUGUGUCAUACUUGCCAACCCUCCCGAAUUUUCCGGGAGACUCCCGAAAUUCAGCGCCUCUCCCGAAAACCUCCCGGGACAAAUAUUCUCCCGAAAAUCUCCCGAUUUUCAGCCGUAGCUGGAGGCCACGCCCCCUCCAGCUCCAUGCGGACCUGAGUGAGGACAGCCUUUUUUCACGACGGGAGGACAACAGAGUGACAAGAACUAAAUCAUCCAGACGAGAGAUAAAUUGUAUUAUUAUGUAUAUCUUACCUAAAAAUACAUAUAUUUAUUAAUCAAAAUAAAAAAACUAAAUCAAUUUUUACUAUAUUUUGCUAAAAACAUCAAAAUUAAUUGUAUUUUUAUUUGUAUUUUUUCUGACUCCUUAUCCAGCCUUAGAAUUAUACAUUAAAGUACACAUAUUUGAAAUAAUUAAUUUUAAAUGAUCAUAAUAAUUCAUUUAAAAUGACCAUAUUUAAUUAUUAAAAUAAUUUCUUGUUUAUCAACAACUUUAGCAUUUUAUUUAUUACAUUUUGAAGCUUUUAGAAGCCAAGUUAUGUUAUAUUCCUUAAAUUUUUUUUAUGCAAGUUUGAAGUAUCAAUUAUCUAAACAGAGUUUUGUUUGCAUAUUUUCAGGAUGUAGAUAUAUAUAUAUAUAUAUAUAUAUAUAUAUAUAUAUAUAUAUAUAUAUAUAUACACACCGUAUUUUCCGCACUAUAAGGUGCACCUAAAAACCUCCCAAUUUUCUCAAAAGCUGACAGUGCGCCUUAUAAUCCGGUGCGCCUUAUAUAUGGACCAAUAUUGAGCCACAACAGGUCUCGCAACUACAGGAUGCAUAACGUAACCCCAGCCUCUACUGUAGCUUCUAUUCUAUGCGCCUUAUAAUGCGGUGCGCCUUAUAAUGCGGUGCGCCUUAUAUAUGAACAACGUUUUAAAAUAGGCCAUUCAUUGAAGGUGCGCCUUAUAAUCCGGUGCACCUUAUAGUGCGGAAAAUACGGUAUGUAUGAAAUACUUGACUUGGUGAAUUCUAGCUGUCAAUAUACUCCUCCCCUCUUAACCACGCCCCGCCCCAACCACGCCCCCCCUCCCGAAAUCGGAGGUCUCAAGGUUGGCAAGUAUGGUGUGUGUUGUUUUUUUUUUUUAAGACUUGCUUGAGCACUUGUGAAUUAAAAAAAGACAUUGACUUUAAGUUAUUUCAAAAUGACAUCUAAAAACGUUUAUAUGCCUAUUUGAUGUAAAUACCGUUUGAUGGUAUCUAUAUCAGUGUGGAUGGGAAAUGCCAAUAAAGCCUGCCAAACACA